AUGUCUCUUUACUUAGAUGAAAGUAGUAUUAACAGUAGUCAGAAUCAGAAUCAGAAUCAGAACCAGAAUCAAAAUCAAUUAAACUAUACAAUUUAUAAUUCAAAUACUAUUUCUUCACAACCUUCACAAACUUCAAACAAUGAAAUAUCAGCAUUUCCAAAAACUUCAAGAUUUUUUGAUAAUUCUUCAUUACCAGAUUUAAAACAAUUUGAAAUUGGAGAUCAAAAACAACAAAUUUGGUUUAAUGGUCAAAUUUCAAAUUUUAAUUAUAGUCCUUUUAAUAUUUUACAACAAAAAUUAAAAGCAUCACCAACUAUAAAUUAUGAUUUAUUACCAAAUAAAUUUUUUAUAUCUCAGCCUACUAUCAAUGAUCAAGACAAUAGAGAAAUUCCGUUCCUACAUUUAAAUGAAGAUUUAGUUAAAGAUCCAAUAAAUUUAAUUGAAAAUUUAUCGGAAAUUGGUAAAAAAUAUGGUGCAAUAAAAUUAAAAUUACCAAUAAAAGAUCAAACUAUGUUUCAAAUUUCAAAUCAAGUUAACAGUGAUUUAUUUUGGUUUGAAACAAAUAAAUUAAUUAAUAAUCCAAAAGAAGAUGAAAUUUAUAUAAGAUUAAAAUUUCAUCGUAGUUUAUUAGAUUUUCAUCAAAGUGAUUUAUAUAAAAAAUUUGAAGAUAAAGAUGAUAUUAAGAAAUCAAAAGAAAAUUUUAUAUUACAUUUAAAUAAAUUACCAAUGAUUGAUAAAAGACCUUUAGAUUUAUAUAAAUUAUUUCAAUCUGUUAUGAUAAGAGGUGGAUUUAAUGAAGUUAUAAAUAAAAAAUUAUGGGCACAAAUUGGUAGAGAAUUAGGUUAUAAAGGUAAAAUUAUGACAAGUUUAAGUAGUUCUUUAAAAUCUUCAUAUCAUAAAAUUUUAUAUCCUUAUGAAUUGUAUCUAACAAGUUUAAGAAAUGAAAAAAAUCAAGUAAAACAAGACGAAGUAGAAGCAGAAGUUACUGAGUUAUCAAACGGUAAAAGAAAUAUUCAACCUUUAUCAUCAGAAACCAAUAAAAAAUUUCAUCAAAAUUCAUGUCCAUUAAUUAUUGGUUCAGCUAAACAAUUUAAAAGACGUAUUAAAACGAAAGUUGCAAAAGGGUUUUUACCAAAUUCACCUCAUUUAAUAGAUAUCAAACAACCAAAUACUUUCAUUAUAAAACAAGAAGAAAGAAAACGAAAUAGAAGAAUAAAUGAUACAGUAUAUUCUCCAAUAACACCACAAACUCAAUUUAAUCGAAGUAUUUCUUAUAUUGUAAAUAAUCAAGAUGAAACUCCCUCCAUGCCAUCACCUAAAAUUUCAUCAGUUUAUUCAUUACGACAGUUUAUGGAAAAAGAUUUAAAAUUUCAAGAAUUUAUAAUACAAGAUAAUAAAUCAAAAUUUCAUAAAGAUACAAUGGAAAGAGAUUGGAUUCAUUUUAAAGAUUUAGAAGAACUUUAUUGGAAAUAUAUUAAAAAUGAUGAUCCAAAUCUGUUAUUUCCAAAUGGGUUUGAAUUAGAAGUUGGUAAAGAUUUAUCAAGUUCUGUACAUGGUUCAGGAUUUAUAAAAAUUGGUGAUGAUAUAUUAAAUUAUAAAAAUUUAUUAAAUAAUUAUCAAUUAGGUUUAUCACAUUUUAAACAAAAUAUAAAUAGUAAUAAAACUGGUUCAAAUGCAAGUACUGCUCAAAUAUCUCAAAAUCCAAGAGAAAUUAAUUCUAUAAAUUCAAUUAAUCAAUUAAUUCAAUCUGCUUUAUAUCCUUGGAAUUUACAUAAUUUUCCAUUUUUACCAAAUUCUAUAUUAGGAGCAUUAAGUGAAAAUGAUUUAAGUAAUAAAGAAUUAACCGAAACAAGAAUUAAUGUUGGAAUGACUUUUAGUACAGAAAAUUGGUCAUGUGAAGAUCAUUUUACUCAAUUAAUAAAUUAUCAUUUUUUUGGUUCAAGUAAAAGAUGGUUUUUCAUACCAGAAUCAGAAUUUGAAAAAUUUGAAAAUUUAGUAAAGCAAGUAAAUGAAGAAAAUAAAUUAAAUACAUCAAAUUUAAAUCAUCAAAAAAAAAUUGAUUCAAAUAAACUAAUGGAUAUUUUAUUUCAUUCAAAGAAUGAAGAAAUUGAAACAGAGAUAAUUUUAAAAUCAUUAGAAAAUGUUAUAAAUACAGGUCAAGAUAUAAGACUAACUUCACAAUCUCCAAAGUUUAAAUAUAAUCAAGAUUUUUUAAUAACUCCUGAGCUACUUGAAAAAAAUAAUAUACAUUAUACAACAACAGUUCAAAAUCAAGGAGAAUUUAUUAUAAAGUUUCCCAAGACAUAUUCAUCAACAAGAUCAUAUGGAUUUAAUUUUAGUGAGGAAGUAAAUUUUGCAACAAGUUUAUGGUUAAAUUAUUCAAUUGAAAGUGAAAAAUGGUUAACAAAGCAAGAAAUUUUACCAAAUUUUUCAAUUUUUAAAUUAAUUACUUCAUUAGCUAUAAUGUAUGAUACUGGGAAAAAUAUAAGUUUUAAUUCUGAUGUUUUUGAUAAAAUUUCAAAAUUAUAUGAAUCAUUAUAUUUAAAAGAAAUUGAAAUUAGAAAUUUUAUAAGAAAAAAUUUUAAAAUUAAAGAAUCUUUGAUAAAUGAAGAUUUAAAUUCUGAUAUUAUUGCUGAUGACAAUUUAUCAAUUGUAUUUCCCACAAGAGUUUUAAUUACUGAUAAUAAAAAUAAAUCAAGAAUCACAUCUAUGGAUUCAUUUUUAUCAAUUACAUCAAAAGAUUCAAAAUUUUUAGAAAAAAAUCAAUGUGAAUUACAAUUAUUUUUAUCAGAUGAAAAAUUAAAAGGUAUAUUUAAAAUUUUAAAUGAAUAUUCAGUUGAUUUUGAAGGUUGGAUUAAAAAUUAUGAAAGAAUAAUGACUAAAGAGAAUAGUAAUGAAUUAUCUUUAAAACAGUACAAAACUUUAUUAAAUGAUGGUGAUAAAAUUAAUGUAUCUAUUAUGUCCACAAAUUCAACUAUUAAUGAAUUUGAUCCAGAAAGAUUAUUAGUUUUUAGAAAUUAUUUAAAUGAUUUAAGACAUUUUACAACUACAUCAACUCAAUUUAUUGAAGAUUGUCAAAAUCUUUUAUCUAUAAAACAUCAACAACGUAUAAGAAAUGGUCAAGAUUCAACAAUAACUGCUUCAUUUAAUGAUUUAAUUCAAUUAGUUUCAAAAAUCCCCAAAUUAAAUUUUUCAUGUCCUGAAAUUGAUCAAAUUUUAGAAUUUAAAAAUGAAACUGAAAAUUUUGAUAAAGCAAGUAAACUCUUAAUUUCAAAAAGAAAUAAAUCAUUACAAGAAUUUGAUAAUUUAAUAAGUUUAGGAGAAAGUUUUGGAUUAGAAAUUCCUUCAUUAACAUUUAUUACAAGAAUAAGAGAUAGAAUGUUAUGGUUAAAAACUUUUGAAUUAAUUGAAAAAGGAGUUGAUCCUUAUGCUGAUAAAAAGGAAGUUUUCACAAUUGAUCAUUUAAAAAAAUUUCACAAUAAAGGUAUUGAUAUAUUAUCAGCAAACGACUUAGAAUAUAUUCAAAAAAUUGAAAAAAUCUUGAAUGAAAGUAUUAAAUUUAAUUUUGAAGUUGGAAAAUUUUUAAAAUAUGAAUAUGUUCAUGAUUUAAAUUUAAAUAAGAUGGAAAUUAUAGUUGAUAAAUUUUCUCAAGAAAAAUUAUUUAUAUCUUUGGAUAAUUAUACUGAAUUAUCAAAAAUUCAAUUUAAUUUAAAAUUAAUUUUACAAUAUAAUGAAAAAAUUAAUCUUACGAAGUUACCAUAUUCAGAAUUAAAAUCAUUAUAUAAUUCAAUUUUAGAAAGUGGAUUAAAAUUUGAUACUACUAAGUUCGUAUUAAUGUUACAGACUACUGAAAAUUGGAUUGAUAAAAUUUUCCUCCAUUUUGAAAAAUUAAAAAUUUUAUCAACAAUGAAAAAUCCAGAUAUUGAUCAUUUAAAUCAAAAAUAUACAACAAAUUCAAAAUUAAUUGAAAAAUUAUUUAAAAUUUUUUAUAAAAUUGAAUAUAAUUUAUCAAAAGAUGAUAAAUUUGAAGAAUGUUCUUUUUAUUUAAAUAAUAAGCAAACUACUGAAAAUACAAAUGAAGAUUCAAAUGAAAUUGAAAGUGAUCCAAAAUAUUAUUGUAUUUGUAGAGAAUUUGAACAUGGAACUAUGAUUGAAUGUGAUAAAUGUAAUGAAUGGUAUCAUGUUCAAUGUGUUAAAACAAUAAGUAAUCCAAAUGAAGAUAAAUAUAAUUGUCCAAUUUGUUUAAUUAUCAGCAAUAAAAAUUAUCAAAAAGAUCAAUAUAUAAAUUCUCAAAUGGAAUUUGAAGAAUUUUUUAAAAUUUAUCAGGAAAGUCUCGAAUUAGAAGCUAUACCAGUAAAUGAAGCAGGUGUAAUUAAAGAAAUUUAUAAUAUGUUAAAUACUUUUAAAACUGAAUUUAAUAAUGAAAUUUUAAAUCAAAUUAUGAAUCAAAAUAUUUCAAAUUUAAAUUUUCGUUUAGAUAAUUUAAGAUUUUAUUUAAGAAAAAUUUAUGGUUGUGGAAUAUUUAUGAAAGAUUUAUUUGAAAUUGUAUUUAAAAAAAUUAAAGAUACUGAAGCUACAAUAAAAAGAUCAGAUAAAAUCAAAGUGAAGAAUCAACCUGAAGUCAUCAAAGAAGAAGAUAAAGUUAAUUCCUUCACCAUUGCCGAGUCGAUUGUGACUUCAGCAGAUCAAGAAACUCCUUCAAAUGAUACACCAAUUGCUCCCACAUUUAUUAAUAAUGAGCAAACUUCUGAAUCAGGACCAAAUGGAGUUCAUGAAGAAAAUCAAAAGAAAACAAAUGAUGAAACUGAUAUAGAGACUGAUAUAGAAAUGGAAGAUCAAGAAAAUGAAAAUGAAAUAAUACCACAUCAAUCAAUUUCAACAUCAUCUUUUGAAUCACCAACAACAACAAAAAUAAUAUCACAAACUAUAACUAAUACAACACCAACACAAUCCCAAAAGAAUUCACCUGAAAAAAAUUUAAAUUUUAUAUUUUAUACACCAAAAAAUCAAAAAAAUAAUAAAAUUAAACCAAGUAAUAUUCAAGAAAGAGAUAAAAUUUUUCAAAAAACUCCUGUUUCUGUUGAUUUUAUUAAUCAAAAUUCUGAAAUUGAAAAUUCUUAUAAUUUUAAAAAUGAUGAUAAUGAGAUUGAUGAAAAUAAUAAUAAUAAUGAUACUGCUAAUACUUUAAUAAAUGGUAAAAAUAAGGAACAUGAAGUGCAUUCAUUUAAAAAUGAUGGUAGUAUUGGAAAUAGUGUUGGAAAUACUGAAAUUAAUGAUGUUGAUGGUAAAUUAGUUGAUCAAAACCCUGAGGAAAUAAAUGUUGAAACUACUCCUACAACAAAUGAAGGCGAUACUGAGCAUAUGAAUUCAAACCUUAAAGAUGAGGUGGAAACAAUGGACACAAAUAAUGAUUUUAAUCCUGAAGAGAAGGAAUUGCCAAAAUCAACAAUAGAUUCCACUGCUUCUAAGAAUUUUGAAAAUGCAAAUGCCAAUGAAGCUAUUUCGGAGUCAUCUAAUCAACAAACUGAAAAUACCGAGAUAGAAACUGAUAAUUUCAAUGGUACGACAAUUUUUAAAAAGCCAACGAUAAUCACUAAUGUCAUUGAUGAUACAGUCAAACAGAAUUUUGAAAAGCCUGAUUCAAUUUCUCAAACUGCUUUGACCAAGAAUUUAGAUAAUGGUAAUGCAAUUGAUAAUUCUAAAGAUGAUACGUUGAUGAAAGAUGAACCACAACUCAAGGCAAAUGGAACUCCAUCAAAAAAACCUUUAUUAAACGAUUUAAAUACCCAGGAUGUUCCGGAAAAAGAGAGUUCAAUUGAGGUCGCCAACACUGAUUUAGAAUUACAAAAUUUGAAUGGUAAAACUGAUAAAACCGAAUUCAUUCAAGCAAUAGAAACAAAUGAUGCUUCAUCUGUACCAUUGUUGAGUAAUGGAACAUCUGAUGCAGUAGAAAAUAGAUUGGAACGAAAAAAUGAUGAAAUACUGGUCAACCAAAUAAAGAAUAAAGAGGAAUUUGAGCAAACAGUGAGAAGUGAUAAAGAUGAUCAUUCAGUCAAUAUUAACAUUUUGGACGAAUUUGAGAAUAAUAAUCAAUCUUCCACAGACGGUCUUAAAACGGAGGAAACAUUGGUGGAAGAAACAGCAACGAAAGAUUCUACAAAGGAGAAAGAAAUUGAAAAACUUAAGGAUUCUAGGACCAAUGUUGAACAUGAGUCUAACUUAAAAAAUGGAGGUACAAGCAUUAAAGAUGAAGAGAAAUCGAUUUCAAAUAGUAUCAAUAAAGAGGUUGAUCAAGAACCAAAAUCAAAAAUGGUGAAAUUAUCAUUAAGUCCAAUUAGUCUCAACAAAUAUAAAUUUAAUCAAGAAAAUAAUGAUAUUGAUGAUGAAAAUUUGAAAAGUCCAAUUAAUUCACGUAAUAUAAAUAAAUCAACAAAUUUUAAUGAUGUGGAUGAAUAUCUUGUUACUUUAAAAUAUAAAAGUUAA